CGUCUGCUGCCAUCCGCUUAUGGACAUGGCUUCGCUGCGCCUCAGGUUGCCCUGGCUCGUCACCCUGCUCAUGCUGCUGCUGGUGCUGGGGGCCCAAGCUACCAGGAACCGGGGCCACGACAAGCAGAACAACUCCUUCCGUAAGGCGGCCACCGGCUUCUACCAGACCAUGAGCAGCACGUUCGGUGAGGAGAACGUGAGAGCCGUGCAGAAGUUCUUUUCACGAUUGACUGAGAGGUUUGUGUAUGGAGUUGAUGUGCUGGUGGACACUCUAUGGAGAAUAUGGACAGACCUGCUGGAUGUACUUGGGAUUGAUGCAUCCAACCUCACACACUACUUUAGUCCAGCAUCAGUCGCCAAUAACCCCACUCGUGUCCUGAUGCUGGUAGUGGCUGUUCUCCUGGCCUAUUGGUUCGCCUCUCUUUUCUUGGGAUUUUUCUUCUAUGUUUUACAUGUUAUCUUUGGGCGUUUUUUCUGGCUGGUGAGAGUGUGCCUCUUUGCACUAUCCUGCAUUUAUAUCCUCCAGAAGUAUGAAGGAGAACCGGAACACGCCAUGCUGCCUCUUUGUUUUGUUGUUGCCAUCUACUUCAUGACAGGGCCAGUUGGAGUUUACUGGAGGAGGAACAACAAUAACAACCUGGAAGACAAGAUCGAUCACUUGGACAAUCAAAUCAGGCUAUUAAAUAUCCGUCUUACAAGGGUGAUAGAAAGUAUGGACAGAGCCAGUGACCAGUAGUCCUCAUUUGUCCAGUAGAUCACACCAGCUCCCUCUAGCACAUAAAGCACUCGUGUUUACAAACUGGUUGUUUGAUGUGUAUCUGAAGUAAUUGGGUUAAGGAAUUCUUUGUAGUAGAAAGUCAUGUCAUGUCAAUGCAAUAGGCCAAAAAGAAAACAUUUUGCCAAUUUUAAAUGUUAUGGGUUUAAAAAUAUACCUUUUUAUAGUUCUUUUCCUUUAUAAUUCAGCUAUUUCUAGAGACUUUUAAUAGUUGUUAAAUUGAAGAUUAAUGUACUUUGCUAAAUGUAUUGUAGCCUUCUUGCCUUCUUAAAUUGUACUUUUGCUACAGUACUAUGAGAUUAAAAGUAGCCAAAUUGCUUUCCUCUGAACAUCAGGACAGCUGCAGGGAAUACAACAUCAUCACAAUUGCCCAUAUAGAGCCUCCCUUGGGUGUUCCCACAUUUGCUGUUGCAUUUUAGCUGUUUCUUAGUUUACAUAAAAAAAAACAUGCAUUUUUGUUACAGCCUUUUUGACUGCAAUUCCCAAAUGUAGACUACCUAAGGCCAUGUUCACACAUUGUUUUUCCAGCCAUUUAUUAUUUUUUUUUU